AUGGCGAAGCAAAGGGAGGCCUUAUCACUCGGCACGAUGGAAAGGAUGCUCGGGUACAAGGUGGCAGUCCUUGAUGGCCCCGAUGAGAGGCAACAGUGGUUCUAUUCGGACCUCACUCCGGUGCCAGAGACUGUCUAUGAGAGGACCAGAAAAGAACUCGAUGACUAUCAGAAAAGGAAUGAAAUACUGGAUCACAAAGGGCUGUCGAGAAAAAAUAAUUUCCCACCGUCUUUUACCAAGGCGAUCGAGCAUGGCCAAGACGUGAUCCAUAUUGAGCGUAAAGGGAUACUAGGCCUAUACAGCUUCACAGCUUAUAUUCAAUAUGGCUUUGGCUUUGACUUGGCCCUCGUGUUGACCGAGAGUGAAGCCUUAAAGUUUCGAAAUACCGCGUCAAACAAUGCCGGGAAAAGCCUGACGCCCAUACUACCACAAGAGCUCCGUGAUAUAAUUUAUGACUUUUCUCUUCCCUAUGGUAAAUGGCAAAAGCAUGAUGCGGAUAAUGAGUUUGAUACCUCCACCUUUCUUACAGGAUUAGGUGACCCUAGUGGCUUCUAUUUUCCUCUGAGCAACAGUCUAGCAAUACUCGCAGUGAACAAGCAAAUACGCACUGAGGCCCUCCCUCUGGCCUACCAAAAUACGUUAUUCCACUUGGACGAUAUAGAUGAUUUUCUAAGAUUUGGCAUGGCGAUUGGAUCGAUUGGACGGGAAAAUGUCAGAUCCCUGGAAUUUGCUUGGGAAAGCAGAGCAGAUUUCUCUACCCAAAGCCCUUCAGACUCAGGAGAAGAGGAACUACUGGGUCGGUUGCCGUUGAUCCAUGCGUCAAGAUGUGUUAAGCUUCUAAAGGAGUUCACAAAAUUGAGAAUAUUACGACUCUGGUUUGAUAGCGAUAUAUUAAACUACUUGCCCCUUAAAAAUUUCAAAACUGAUCUUGGGAUAUGUGGACUCUGUUCCCUCCGAGGUAUGGAAAGGGUCGAUAUACUGGGUCUUGAUAUUGACCCAACGGCGUGCCCGAUUGCUAAAUGGCUCAAAGAUACCCUGGAAAGCUCCUAA